GCCGAACCGAAAAAAGCUCCAGCCAAGAGCACAAGCCAGCCAACCCGAGAGCUCCUAUCCAUACCUACCUCUCAUCAUCUCUCCGAACCAUUAUCGAACAGCGUACUUUCCAAACCCCUCUCACCAAAACUCCCACGCCCCCCCCGGUCGUUGUUCUCCCCUCAACCACAACCACAAAUCAAUAAACCGCCAAAAUGUCUGACGAGGAGCGCGUUACCAAGCCCUUCAAGUUCGUCACCGGUGUCGACGCCCGUUUCCCCAACACCAACCAGACCAAGCACUGCUGGCAGAACUACGUCGACUACCACAAGUGCAUCCUCGCCAAGGGUGAGGAUUUCGCUCCCUGCCGCCAGUUCUGGCUCGCCUACCGGUCUCUGUGCCCUAGCGGUUGGUAUGAACGGUGGGACGCCCAGAGAGAGGCUGGCAACUUCCCCGUCAAGCUCGAGUAAGCGUGCUUUUCGAGAUGGGAAAGUUGGAUUAAACACUACUGCCCAGCAUUGCGUGCAGAGAAACGGAGAGUAAGGAAGCUAGGAGCUAAUGGAGAACGGCGACGGCGGCCCCCCAAACAAAAUUACCUUUUGUGACACUAGAGAAAAAUGCCAUCAUUGGUAGUAAACUCAGGGGAGUUGUGUGUGAGGGUCAGGCAUAUAGAAUUUUGAGAAAGACGUGGGU